AUGUUACUCAAAUCAGUCCUGACAUCUGCUCUCCUAGCCCUUUCGCUGGGAUCAGAUCUUGUGACUGCUUCCAAACACGGACGUUUUGCACAGAAUGCUCGUGCACCACAGGAGAAGGCCAAACGGGCAGUUGAGGAGGCUCGUAGCCAUAAACAUGUUAAACCGGAGAAGGAUUACCGUUUCUUGAACAAAAAGACUAAGCCUUACCGGGUGGACUCCCUGCCGGAUGUUCCGUACGAUGUCGGCGAGAUGUAUUCUGGCCUGGUGCCAAUUGAUAUGCACAAUAGCUCCAGAGCGCUCUUCUUUAUCUUUCAGCCUACUAUCAACGAGCCUGUAGAUGAAAUAACCAUCUGGCUCAACGGUGGCCCUGGAUGCAGCUCGAUGGAGAGUUUCUUGCAAGAGACUGGUCGGUUCAUAUGGCAACCUGGUACUUUUGCCCCGUUGGAGAACCCUUAUUCUUGGGUCAACCUGACCAAUGUGCUGUGGGUCGACCAGCCUGUCGGAACAGGUUACUCUAUCGGCACACCGACUGCUGUUUCACAGGAGGAGACAGCACAGGACUUUGUCAAGUUCUUCAAGAACUUCCAGAAGAUUUUUGGAAUCAAGAACUUCAAGAUCUAUGUCACUGGUGAGAGUUAUGCUGGUCGUUAUGUGCCCUAUAUUUCAGCUGCGAUGCUCGACGAAGACGACGAGGAGUAUUUCGAUCUAGGUGGUGCGCUGGCAUAUGACCCGUGCAUUGGACAGUUCGACUAUGUGCAGCAAGAGGUUGCCGUUGUGCCUCUUGUCCAGCAAAAUGCGAACUUGUUCAACUUCAACGCAUCAUUCAUGACUGAGCUCGAUAAGAAGCACAAAUCCUGCGGAUACGAGGAAUAUAUCGACAAGUACCUCACUUUCCCACCACCCGAAGUCCAGCCGCCCUUGAUGUUCAACUACAGCUCAGACGCCGAGUGUGAUCUGUUUGAUCUCGUCUACAAGGAAAUAUUCCACAUCAACCCAUGCUUCGAUCUCUACGAGAUCAACCUGAUGUGCCCACUCCUCUGGGACGUUCUCGCCUUCCCCACUUCACUCGACUACCAAGCACCUGGAGCAACCGUCUACUUCGAUCGCCCAGAUGUCAAGCGAGCGCUACACGCACCCAAGAUAACCUGGAAUGUAUGUUCACUAGAGCCCGUGUACGUCGGUGGCAACGCCGGCCCGGAGCAAGAAGGCGACAUUUCCGCGAACCCGAUUGAGAGCGUCUUGCCGCAGGUGAUCGAGGCUACUAACCGUGUUCUCAUUUCAAACGGUGACUUUGACAUGGUUGUUAUCACCAACGGUACGCUCCUGUCCAUCCAAAAUAUGACCUGGAACGGCCAUCUCGGUUUCCAGUCGAAGCCAGAAACCCCCAUCGAUAUCAAACUGCCUGAUCUCUUGUACGCCGAUGUCUUUGCGGAGAAUUAUGCAUCUUCCUUUGACGGCCCUCAGGGUGUCAUGGGUGUUCAACACUAUGAGCGUGGCUUGAUGUGGGCUCAGAGUUACCAGUCUGGUCAUAUGCAACCGCAGUACCAGCCUCGCGUGUCUUAUCGUCACCUUGAAUGGCUGCUUAACCGCACCGAGGAACUAUAG